CUUGAAAUAAUAUAAAUAUAUGAGGUAUAGUGAGACUCAACCAAAAGUAAAACAAGCAACUGUAGUUGAAGUGAAUUCAGCUUAUGUUGCUUAAAUCAUAUGUGGCAGUUUGAGUCCACCAGAAAUAGUGUUUAAACAACCCAGAAAUAGUAUCUCUUUUGCGUCACUUUUUCUUUUCCAUCUUCAUUCUCCCAAUGCUUUGAUUUUGGGUGUUGGGCAUCUUUUGUCUACUGUGAAUUCUUCAGCAAUGAUAGAAGAUUGAAUUUUGGAUAUGGAUUCAUUUUCUUCUCAUAUUCAACACUUAGUGGUGUGUUUGGUAUGUAGAAGAAAAGAGAGAGAAACGAAACUGAGAAAAAAGAAAGGAAGAGAAUAGAAACUAAGAUGAUUUUUAGGGUGCUUGAUCGGAGAAAAACCGUAAUGAAAAGUGUGAGAAAAGAAAAAUGUAUGUUCAUAAAAUGACAUAUGCAUUCUCAAAUAAAAAGAAGAUAUAAUAAAAUAGGCAGCCUCUAGUAUACACCUGGAAAAACUAGUGUAAUUUUACACUAGCAAAUUCCUUCUGCUUGUGCAUUAGAGCAAUUUGAUAGCAGAUCUCAAUUAUUGCAAUGGAUGAUUGGGGGGUGUAUUUGACUUCUGUUUGUACGUCUGUUGCUGUUGUGGGGUACGUGGAUGGCUAAUGGAAUUUGCUAGUGUAAAAUUAUACCAGUGACCCAAUAAAAUAAUUCUUUUUAUAAAACUUGUCUCUACAAAAAAAAAAAAACACUGUAGGGGUAUUAUAGACUUUUAGGCUGCAUAUGAUCUCACACUCUAACUUCCUAGAAGAAAACUAUUUGGCAGUUGAAAAUUGUUGAAUAGUCACCAUCAUCAAACACAUUUUUAGGGUUUAUGAGUUCAUCUCCCCAAGUCCCCACCAGCAAGCGCACAAACUACUCAAAACUCCUCAAAUUGGUUCAGCGUAGUUGGUUGAGCACUGAAGUUGCAUUGAUUUGUGAAGUUGCAUGCAUCUAAAAUGGAAGAUAGGCUCAGCAUCUUACCGGACCCAAUCCUGUGCCACAUUCUCUCUUUUCUCCCAACCGAGGUAGCAAUUGCCACAAGCGUUCUCUCGAAGCGGUGGAAGCCUCUAUGGCGUUCAGUCCCCACUCUCGACUUCGACUACAUUUACGAAAGCAAAGAGGCGAAUUCUCGCUUUAUUCAAUCUGUGUACGCAUUCAUCUUCACCAGAGAUCAACGCCAACCUUUCCACAAAUUCCGCAUCAGAUUAUGGGCGGAAACUGAGGAGUCUGAGGAACCUACCAAUGUCGCUGUUUGGCUUAACUUUGCCGCGCAACGCCAGCUUCAGCACCUUGAGAUCUGCCUCUUCAAUCACCGGGUUCAUUCACUACCACCACCCACCAUACCCCCUGACAUCUUUUUCACUUGCAGCACAAAUCUUGUGGUUCUCAAGUUGCAUGGUUUAAGCUUGAAACCUCUUUCCUCUGUUGAUUUUCCCUUUCUUAAAACCCUGCAUCUCCAAACUUCACUUUUCUUAGAGUAUGAAUGUCUCGCCCUUCUUCUUUCCCGAUGUCCACUUCUUCAGGAUUUCAAAGCAUCAUCGCGUUUGUUUUUUAUCUACAAUUUUUCUGAUGGUAUUCAUUCUAACUGCUUACCAGUACAGUUUUUCCACAUACGGCAGAUUAAUAAUCAAGUCCUGCAUCAUCAUGAAAGCACAAAUAUUUCUGCUUUCACCAUGUUUCGCAAUUUAACUCAUAUGGAAUUCUCCAAUAUAAUGUGUAAUAAGGACUGGCUUAACAUAGUUGAAAUGCUCAAGUAUUGCCCCAAGCUUCAAGUUCUUGUCAUUAAUCAGCAACAUGAUCUUAUCUAUGAGAAUAUUCAAUUUGAAGUCGACUUAAGAGAUUGGCAAUGCUCACUACCUGGUCCUGAAUGCAUUCAAUUACACCUUAAAAGAUGCUAUCUAAAUGAUUAUAGAGGCACUGAAGGUGAGUUUCAAUUUGCAAGAUAUAUUCUCCAGAAUGGAAGAGUUUUAGAGAGCAUGAUAAUAUGCAGUUUCCCUGACGUUAAACAACAGGAAAAGCAUGAGAAUCUUAAAAAAUUAUCCUCAUGCACGAGGCUUUCUCCAACUUGUGAACUUCUCUUUGAUGAACGAGAGACCUGGAAGCUGCCUGUAGUUUGUUCAUUUCUUGCUCUUAACUAGUUAGUAGCCUGAUACAAGGAUAUGGACCUUGUCUUAAUUUUCAAAUCAGUAGAACUUUCUCCUUACUGAUGACUAAUUGUAAAUUUAAGAUAUGGUGCCCAAGUGCGAGACAAUUGUAUUUCAGAUUGUGAUCUUGUGUGAACUUCCAAUCUAUGGUAUUAAGUUUAAAUUCUCUCUCAAA